AUGGAAUACCUUGAAAAUGUGGAAGUAGACAUUCUUGCUAGUUUUUCGCUCAGAGAAGUCAGACAGCUUCUUCGCUUCAAAGCUGUCCUUGAGGCCAGUUCCAUCGAUGUUCCACCGGAAGAGCGGAAACAAUUCCUUCAAGCCCCUUUCCAAACAAUGUGUGCCGUAUUUAUGCCCAAAGAGGAAUUGAGCAAUACAAUGAUGACAAUCCGCACGCUAGAAGGUGGUCGUCUGGCGAAGUACGCAGAUCGAUUGGAGGAAAUAGUUCCUGACCUGACUGAUUACGAAUGGACAGAUCAACUAGCCGAUAAGCUGGGUGAGUGA